AUGGGUGGGUCUUAUUCAGACGUUUCCGUGGAGGAUUUGUUAAAAGUGAUAAAAGGAUUUAUAGAAAUGCUGAUUCUCGCAUCCGGGUAUCAAUCGUCGGGUCGGCUUGCCCAUUGGGAUUCACACAAUAUCAAGCAAGCUUUUCAGUGGGCUGUCUUUAUCGAAGAUGUGCUGAGGUGCUGGAAAAGCUCUGAUGAUCACCAAGACCCUGUGGCUAAACUUGAUCUGGCUUUACUCGAAAUCAAUUCGAGUCCCUCUUUCCCCCAGGGCCUUCAAAAUCUAACAUCAACAAGUCUCAGUCAAGCCAGAUGUCUCAUUCUUAGCCAUCUAAUCCAUACCUUACCUUUGAGGGACACACAUCUGAGAGCUACAAUUGCAGCCAUUGUUGAGGUUGAUUUUCAAGAACUUCAAAGUUUGAGUGGUGAUGCCCUUCAUGUAUAUGUUGACAGAUUUAUACUUGAUGCGACCAAAACCACUUUUCCUACCGGAAGAAUUACUCUUCCUGGACAAUGUACUCGUGGUUCUUCAGAAGCACAACCUGGGAUGGACAAAAUCAGCUUAAAAGGCGGAUUUACCAGGUGCGCCGUUCAGGAACUUGCUACGAGGCAACUUGAACUCUCACACCUGACAGUAGCUGAAGCAGGAUUGGAUGUUCUCUCCAGGAUUGUGAGAAAUAGCAACUCAAAUGAGCUUGGAACUACUCUGUGUGGCAAGAAACCACAGCUUAUGAAAAAUGUCAUGGUCGAGGAAAGAGCUGUUGAACCUGAAGUUUGGAGUCUGUGGAAAUCAAGAGCCCUCUCAUACUUGCUGGAUAACAGAACUAUUAGACUGGUUUCAGGCGCAAAAUUACUGUUGUCAGCACCAAAGCAUCAAUGGGUAGAGGUGCUUAGAAGAAUGGCUAUCUCAGAUGAAACAGAUGAUUACUAUGAAAAGAUUGAGCUUUUGUUAUCUGGAAGUAUUGGCAGCAAAUGGAGUUCUUUAAUUGAAAAGGUAAUAUCAAGUUCUUAUAAAUCUGUCACCAUCUCGAAACUAUACCGUGAAGUACAAGACCUGCUUUUUAGAAGAUCACAGAAUCCUUGCUUUGAAGAACAUGCAUCCACAGAGGAAAAAGGUGCUCUUGAGUACUUGGAGGAUGUUUUGACCAACAAAGUUCAUUGUUUGUUGAAAUUAUUACCUAUUAUUCCAGCAGCGGCAAUAUCUUUAAGGUCACCAUUAUUGAAGUCAUAUCUUAUUGAACUAGAGAGUAGGAUGAGAGGAGACUCGUCUGCAAUCAGAUGUUGCAAUUGUGUUAUGGAUGGGAAGAACCAUACAGAAUGUGAAGUUGCAGAGAGAAUUUGGUGUCUCUAUAUUUUCCAUGCUUGUGGUUCCUGGGUUGAAAGAAGAGUUCCAGUCAAAUGUUUUCAAGGGUCUUAUCAUGUGGCAAAGCGGUUAGUUUGGAGGUUCAAAUCAGAAUGGAAGCCUAUAGCUCAGAGAUGGCAGAGAAGCAGUACAUCACGGUACAGUUACGAUGCCCAGAGCUAUUCACAGAACUUCGACGAUGGCUGUUCCGAUGAGCAUCGAUCACCUCUUGCUCCUAGUCCCAGAUGA